AUGUUUGAUACUCCGAAAGAUUUUUUACAAUUUGAUUUUGGAUCUAGUAAUUAUGAUCUGAUUACAUUUUCGUCUAUUGAUCAAUUUCAAAUAUUCGAAGAAUUAUUUAUCAGUGGAAGUGCUGACCAGGGUGGUGAUUGUGAAUCCUUGUGCAGUGUGUUGGGAACAUUUGCUGAUAAAUGUAAUAGUAUUGGAGUUUCUGUUCGAUGGCGAAAUAGAGAUCGUUGUCCAUUGCAAUGUGAACAAGGAAAAGUUUAUAUGUCCUGUGGAUCGCCGUGUCCUCAAUCCUGUUUCACAAAUAAAAUGGAUUUUGAAUGCGAUGAUUCCGGAUGUGUUGAAGGUUGUUUUUGUCCGGAUGAUAUGGUAAUGGAUGACAGUGGUGGUUGUGUUAAAAAAUCAGCCUGUCCAUGCUCUUUCAACAAUAAAAUAUAUCCAAUAGGUAGUGUCAUUGAACAGAACUGUGAAAUAUGUACUUGUAGCAAUGGAAACUUCGAAUGUAACAAAGUAACAGAUUCGUCAACCUGCAAUCAAAAUUGUUCGUUGAAUCAGUUUAUGUGCAACGGAACUGACAACUGCAUUCCAAAAUCGUGGAAAUGUGAUGAGACUCGGGAUUGUGAAGAUGGAAGUGACGAAGUUGGAUGUUUCUGUCAUGAAGAUAAUUUUCAGUGCUCAAGUGGACAAUGUAUUAAUUCUACUUUGCGCUGUGAUGGACUACCAGAUUGCAGAGAUUCAAGCGAUGAAGUGAAUUGUUCUUAUGUGACACCAUGUAAAGAAUUCAAAUGCGCAAAAAGUAACUUAUGUAUUCCAAAUACAUGGGUAUGUGAUGGAACCGUCGAUUGUGGCAAAGAUGAUGAUUCAGAUGAAAGUGGUUCUUGUAAAAUGGAUACAUGUGAUAAAGUUAGUGGCAGAUAUUUUACUUGUAUCGAAGAUUCAAAAUGUUUACCAAUAGAAGAAAAAUGUGAUAAUCACAUAGAUUGCGAUGAUCAGUCAGAUGAACGUGGCUGCACUUGCCAUUGUCAAGACAAAUUUACAUGUUCAUCAAUUUGUCAAUGUAUUGAUCCAAAUCGUGUAUGUGAUGGUGCGCCCGAUUGUAUUGAUCAUUCUGAUGAAAACAAUUGUAGCUGUUCAUCCCUUGAAUAUAGUUGUCUUGACGGAAAAUGCAUUAAUCGGACACUCCUUUGUGACGGUAUUCGGCAUUGUACAAAAGGAGAAGAUGAAACGCAUCCAGACUGUUCUCUAAUGAAUCUUACAACAACCAGUUCUACUCCGAUAAUAACUCCUAUUCUCUUUGCGUUUCAAACGGCUCCUGGCAUCUCUCCUGCCACAACAUUUCCUAAAACGACUAAAAAGUCAUGUGAAAUUCAAUUGGGAAUGGUUAACUCUCAAUUUGUAUCAACACCAAAGCCUUCUGAUCGAAUAAUUGGUCACUUAGACGAUAUCAAUCCGGGAAAGAAGGAUUGUACAAAGACAGAUGCGUUAAAUCCAUGGGUAGCUAAAUCUGUCAUCUCAAAAUUAGGUGGUACUGUUCCAGUUAAGAGUAGCUACACAAACAUGUUAUUGGGUUUUGGCGGUGUAACGUUUAACACAUCUCAAGCAGUGAUCGAUGUUAAGUUUAAGAACAAUAUCAUCAGUCAUAUAGUAGCAGUAUCUAUUCCAAAUACUAUAAACAAUGUUCGACGUUUGUCCAUUCAGAUAUACAACAUAGAUAAUAAAACACUGUUUUCUAAUAUUUCGGCACGCGAGUUAAAUCCUAAAGUGAUCGUCAAUAAAACAUUUCAUGCAUCAUUACUACGUGUAUCAAUACUAGAAACAUCAGAUGAUUUUGCACCAUACAAUGUAACCUUGUCAAUAAUGGGAUGUUUCUAUUCCACAAAAGAACAUUUAUCAACCACCACACAUCCUACAUCUGUAACCGUUAGUCAAACAUCUACAAUCGGACAAUUCGGCGGUACUCAACCCAUAAAUAGUUCAUUUAUCGAUUUAAUGACAGACGGAAAUGGAACUAGCUAUAACAAAAAGAAUCCAGUAAUUAUCAUUGGUUUUCAAUCACAUGUGCUUGGACAAAUAUCAGAAGUUUCACUUCGUUCUAAUAUUCAUCAAAACAUAAGAAUAUUUCAAAUUGAACUUUAUGAUAUUGACGAUAAUUUAAUAUUGUCCAAACUAUCAACUGAAACACUACACAUUCAAUUAACACUAGAAGACAUGGUUUCAUCAAUCAAAAUUUUAAUUAUUGAUACUUGGGAUGAAAAACCAAUAUCCGGUAUAACAUUAUCAGUAAUUGGAUGCUUCUCUAUCUUACCAACUUUAUCCACAACUCCUACCAUCAUAUCAACACAAGCUAUAACAACAACUCAGUCACCUACAAAAACUGCAACGACACCAAGUCUUUGUCAUCAUUUGGAAUUAAUGAGUCCACAAUAUGGGAAACAAAUUUUGGCUGGCAUUAUUGGUAGUCCGCUGGUAAAUGGAGAACUAAUUGAUAUUUUAUAUUCAAGAACAGGAGUGACCUUUUCUCACUUGAAUCCACACAUUGAUAUUGUUUUUAAUGAAAAUAUUAUUAGUCGCUUGAAUAAAAUCGUUAUUCCAACGAAACCAGUUAGUAAUUUACCAGAAUUUCGAGCAGAAUUCUUUGAUAAAGACAAAAUUAUCAUACAUUCUCUAAAAUCAAAACGACAACAAUUAAUUUUAACAGAUACGUCGUUGAUGGUAAUCGGUGGUAUACGAAUAACCUUUGUUGACACUAAUGAUAAGCGACCACCAACAAAUCUGACAUUAUCGAUUGAUGGAUGUUUUGCAGUAAUGGUGACAGAGAAAACAGAACCUACACUCGCUACAACAUUUUCCACAACAACCCGUGAACAAUGUACGGAAAUAGAAGCAAUGAGUAAGCCUUUUAGGGACAGUGUAAUAGAUGGAUUUAGUGGAACUAAACCGGUUAAUAGUUCCUUCAAUGAUUUGCUGUUUGAAAAUAGUGGUGUUACUUACGCUACUCAAAAUCCAUCUUUAUAUAUCAUAUUCAAACCAAAUAUUGUAGCGAAUAUAAACAAUAUUAAAUUUUUAACAGAUCAGUCAAAUGUAAAGAAAAUUCAAGUUGAUUUUAUUGACAAAGAAAAAAUAGUUUUACAAACGAUUACCAUUAAUAGUCAAACGAUGAUGAAUUCAACGGAAGUUAAUGUUUUUGCCCUAAGAAUAGUUAUCCUUGAAACAUUAGAUAAUCAACUACCAUAUGGAGUACGAAUUUCAAUUAGAGGAUGUUUCGGCAUUUUGCCAUCAUACUCGACACCUUCUCCAAGUAUAAUGACCACGCAUCUAACCACAUCAUCAACACAGCUUCCAUGUAACGAACUCGAUGUUUUAAGUAAAUCUCAUUCAAAUAAACUUAUCCAAUAUCUAGCUGGAACAAAUGUGAAUAAUGAAACAGUGACAAGUUAUCUGAAUGAUAAUCAUAGUAUUACUUAUAAUAUUUUGUCUCCGUACUUACUCAUCGUAUUUAAACCAAAUGUCUUUGCGCAGCUUAAAUCCAUAUCGUUGUUGAGUAAUUCAACGAAUGUCGGGGUAUUUCAAGUGGAUUUGUUAAAUGAAGAUAAAAUAAUUAUUGAAACACGGAGAUCUAAAGCAAAUGUGCUAAAUCUCAUCUUUAGUGGUGAUACGCCACAAAUAGCCGCAUUCCAAAUUAAACUCAUUAAAACAAAUGAUAAUCAGCCACCUCGAAAUGUUCGCCUAUCUAUAAAAGGAUGUUUUGCAACUAUGCCAAUAACGAGUACUCAAGCAGAAAAACUUUCAAUAACAACAAUGCCACCCUAUACAACAACAACUGCGGUUUCUUGUCGUGAACUUGAUGUUAUGACCAAACCAUACUCAAAGAAACUCGUUAAAUUUUUAUUCGGAACACAACCAGUCAAUGGCACAGUCAUGAAUUAUUUAGAACAAAUGAAUAAUGAGGGUGUGACGUAUAAUACUUCACAAUCAACUUUACUUCUCGUAUUUGAAUCGAAUAUAUUCGCUAUUAUCAAAUCAAUAUCAUUAUUAAAUAAUUCAACGAACGUUAUAGUAUUUCAGGUAGAUUUAUUAAAUGAUGAUCAAACAGUUUUGAAAACAUUGACAUCGAAAUCAGGCGAAUUAUACCUUAACACCGACACCGAUUCAUAUCCAGCAGUCGCAAUACAACUUAAAUUCAUUAAAACAAAUGAUAAUCAGCCACCUCGAAAUGUUCGCCUGUCUAUAAAAGGAUGUUUUGCAACUAUGCCAAUAACGAGUACUCAAGCGGAAAAACUUUCAACAACAACAACGGCACCCUAUACAACAUCGACUGCAAGUUCAUGUGUAAGAUUGAAUGCAAUGGAAAAAACUCAUGUGAACAAAAUCAUUUCUGGCAUUCGUGCCGUACCUCUAGAUAGUAAUCAAGGAACAGAUGUAGUCAAAGGAGAAGUUGGGUUAAAAUUUAAUAGUACUAAAGCAUAUUUCGAUGUUGUUUUCAAAUAUGGUGUAGUCGGUAACAUAGAUCAAAUAUUGCUGAAUGACAUUCCUCAACACAAUGUAAAACAAUUUAAAGCUGAAUAUUAUGAUAUCAAUAAUAAUAUCAUCGAUGAACAAAUCGCAGACGCAACUAUAAUCAGAAGAGAAGUACCAGACGUUUCAAGUGUACGCAUCAUAAUACUAGAAACAAUCGAUCACAAGCCUAUAACCGGCGUGACGCUUUCACUAGUUGGCUGUUUUUCUUUCAUACCUAAUUGGUCAACACAAACAACGACAGCAUUAGAAACGUCAACAACUUCAAUCAAACAUUGCAAUUCAUUGGAUCUAAUGGAUGUUAAAAAUACCAAACGAUUACUUGCCGGAUAUAGUGGUACUUUAGAAAUUGAUGGAUUAUCACUAGCUGUUUCCGUUAAAGAUAAAACUACAACUAUUCCGUCAACCAAACCUUAUUUAUUUCUGGUUCUAAAAUCUGACGUGGUUGGAGAAAUCGAAUCGGUGUCAAUCAAUUCGAUAAACCAUAAUAUAUCACAAAUAAAAGUAGAUUUAAUAGAUCAUGAUGAUACUAUACUAAGUGAACUUGUAUCAGAUGUGUCAGACAAUCCGACCAUUAACAAUUUUCCACCUGUGUUAACAUCAGUUAUACGGAUAGUGAUAGUUAAAACGAAGAAUGAUCAAUGGACGGGGAGUAAUGUUAAGUGGUCGGUCAACGGUUGUUUUUCACAUAUUAAUCGAACCACUGACACUACUACCCCUGCUGUGAGCACAACUACAACCUCUACAACUCGAAUCACUACAUUACAUACUUUACCACAUUGCCGACGAUCAAACAUCAUGUCUCAUAACAAUAAUUUAAUUCCACAUAUCAGUGGUACCAAACCACUUCGAGGAAACUUGAUAGAUUUAAUGACUGAAGCAUCUGGUGUUGCUUAUGCUGAAAAACAGCCGGUGAUCGCGAUAGAGUUUCCGACGGGCAUUGUAGGCCACAUUUACGAAGUACGUGUUGCAGCAACACAACUAAGCAACGUACGAAUAUUUCGUACACAACUGGUCGAAGUUAAAAAUGGUUUGCUGUAUACUCUUACCUCACAGCCAAAUGAAAAGCCGGGGAUAAUAGGAUUUCCACCUGUACUGUCGUCUGGUAUAAAUAUUACAAUACUGGAAACAGUUGACAAUGAACCACCCACACAUGUAUCAAUAUAUAUCGAUGGAUGUUUUUAUCAAACGACGGAAACUCGUGUCUCAACUUCGACAGUUAGCACGUCGAUGCCAACCACACAGCCAACAAGUAAAUCUGUCUUACAUUGCCGACAUUCGCCGUGGACGCAAUGGGGUGUUUGUUCAACAUCAUGUGGAAAAGGAAUUCAAGUGAGACUUAGAAAUGUUAUUGAGGGUGUUUGUAUGGAUCCAUUAAUAGAUUAUCAAUUUGUUGGUUUUAUAAAAGAUGAUAAGGGAUCAUCGACAUCAAAUUCAACAAAACUAAUACAUAUUGGCGAUCAUGUAGAAAAAAAUUCUGUUAUUUAUUCACACAAUUGUUACCAGUUUAAAUGCACUGAUAAUGGAGUAAUUACGAAACGUUCAGAAAAUUGUAUAAGUAAAUUGUUUGUUUUACUCUCUGAUAUUGAUCGUCGGAAGAAACAGUCUGUUUUUUCUGUAGGAGAAUGUGUUUGGCUUCCAUGGUCUCCUUGGAGUAAUUGUAGCAAAGAAUGCGGCCAGAACGGUACCCAACAUCGUUUAAGAUACCCUCUCAAUUUAUUAUCAGUCCCUCGCACGUGCAAACAACCACAAAAAGAAAUGCGAUCUUGUGUAACAUCACCAUGUACUGGUCCUUGUCGUCUGACAACAUGGACAAAAUGGACUGUGUGCUCAAAACCAUGUGAUCUUGGCAUUCAAACACGAACUAGACAAUUUCUUUCACUUCAACCUAAUUGUACUGAUGAACUUAUACACACACGAGAUUGUAAUCCACAUUGUUGUACCGGUAAACCGCAAUGGCAUGAGUGGAAUCCAUGGAGUACAUGCACGAAAACGUGUAAUGGUGGCGAGAGAACUCGUUUACGGAAAUGUAUACAACCAAAUCCAAAUUGUCAAACAACUCCUUGCAAUGGUUCUCAUUUACAAACAGAGUCUUGCAAUACGGAAAUGUGUCCUAAUCAAAACUGUACGAAAGGUAAAGUUUUCAGUAACUGUAGUAAUUCAUGCUAUCAUACUUGCUCAACUUUGAUGUGCACAAAACGAUGUAUUGAGCCAUCAAAAUGUUUACCGGGAUGUAUUUGUCCAUUUCCCUCUGUCAUGAAUGCUAAUGGACAAUGUGUUGAUGAAAAGGAUUGCACAUGCGAGUAUAAUAAUCGAACUUUGCUUCCUGGCCAGAUAACGGACAUAAACACAAAAUGUAAACAAUGUCAAUGUAAAAAUGGUUGCCUAACGUGCAAGAAAAUAGAAAACUGUUUGAAUGAAUGUCAGUGGACUGAAUGGUCAUCCUAUGGUGUGUGUUCCUCUCCAUGUAAUGGUCAACAAGCACGUUAUCGUACACUACAAGGGUCUUCUUGUAACGAACGUCAAAUGGAAGUACAAAUAGAAAGUAGAGCAUGUUCAUCAGCUAAUUUAACAACAUAUACAAAAGGUUGUUCACAAUGUCAAUGCUUAAAUAACCAAGAAAAAUGUACAACUAAAUGUGGUAUCACUGAAGAAGUUUGUAAAAAUAUUAGUGAUCCUAUAUACAAUUAUUCUUAUGUAUUACCUCCUCCUGGCCAAUGUUGUGGAGAAUGCAAUAAAACAAGAAGUAGGUAUCAUUCGUAUAUGUAUAUAUGA